UCGACGUCCAAUUGAUCCAAUGUGCAGUUCUCACCGAGUGUCUCGACCUCCAAGAAUCGAUAGAAGGAGAGGGUGGGGGCAGCGGGCUUGCCAACCCAGCUCUCGGAAGAGCCCCUCCAUGACGCUCGCUCGCGUCACCCCUUGUUUAACGUUGUCUGAUUAGAAUAUACCUUGUAAAGGAGGCUCUGUCGUCGUCGCCUAUUUAGCGUUUCCUCUUCCAUGUCGGAUUGUCAUGAUAUCGGCCCACUGGUGGGAUGGGCUGUGUUCAGGUGUUGGGGGGAGGCGUUUUGCAUCUGUGGGGAACGGGACGGGCAUGACCUCCCCACGCGGCGGCCCGUUGGGGAACGACCGCACUGUAAUGAUGGAUGGUACGGGCUGGUUGGGGAUUGGUUAUACAGGGAUCGGCCUUCACAGGCACAGCACGGCAAGUCCUUGACGCCUGCUGGAACCCGCGGAUGAGCAGGGCCGUGCCCGGGAAGAGUGCAGGCGCUGGAAACUGUACAUAUAUUGUGAGAGAAGAGAGAAGAAGAGGAAGGAAGAAAGAGAAGGAAGAGAAGAAAGAGAAGAAGAGGAAGACAGAAAGAGAGAAAGAAGUGGGGAAGAUGAACAUAUAUAUACACAUAUACAUAUAUCUUAUACAAAAGGAUAUCAUCACCCCAGGUCCCCAACCCCCAACCGAAGCUCCAAUCAGCAAAGCCCCCCCCCCACCGUCCACGGUCCAUCAAACGUCCAUCCAGCUCGCCGCCGCAACCCUGCAGACCCCACGACCUCGGUACGCGCGCCAAACGCGGCUCAAGCAGGCAGGCAGGCAGAAAGAAACGAAGCGCGCGCGCGCGGCAGGCUUUGCUGUACGAUACGAUACAAUCAAUGCUGACGCGGGCAUGCGGCAGUUCGCGUGUAGAGGCCGCAGGAGGGGGGCGCCAGGAUCCUCCCUGUGAGAUAUAGCCUAUGAUGUGUGUAAGGGACCUGACAGCAGUAGUUAACUGUUUUCUCAGGUCUGCAUCGGGGUUUGGCGUGCGCCCCGCUUCAGGAAAGGUGUCGUGCAC